CGAACUGGUUUUGUGAGUCUGCGCAGUGAGUGUAAACAGGAAGAGAAAAAUUAGACUGUAGUAACGGUAGAUGUUGAUGAACGCGACGUUAAAUGUUAUAAAUUUCGACCGUCCUUUGUUAGUAACACUUGGCAUUCUGCACACGAACGUGAGCUAUUCGUGCAGCCGCAUUUGUCACGGAGUGUCCUGCUUCCAGCGGAACAGCGACAAACGCGUCAGCUUGAGAAAAACACUGAUGCUAACUCGCUCGGCUAACAAACGCUAGCGGCUUUGACAGGAUUGACGUUAAGGCAGAUCAAACUACACACGGACUCGACCGGCUGGGGUCAGACAGACGCGCUUUCUUUGACAUCCUAACAAAGCGUUUCUUUGUCGCAUUACUAAAAAGGAUCGUCCUUAAAUGUGAUUUGGUUUGCCUUAGAUAAAUACGGUAUAAAUUCGCUCCCUGCUGGUCGACAAGAUGGCCUACUAACCCAGCUGGCCAAGUUUCAUACUUCGAAGGACGGUAAAUAUUUAAAAAUAACUCUCCAAAGUAGAACCAGAAACGUUUAGAUCGUUGCUGAAAGCUCCUGAAGAUGGUUCAGAAAGACAAAAUCGUCGAAACCUCUCAGUCAGAGAGUGACCCAAGCCCGGGAGGAACGGAGGCUGGUGUCGAGGUGCAGGGCUCCGUUGACGAGCACAAUAUUGUGGUGGAGAGAACAGGCCGGAGAAAAUUCAUCAGCGGGGUUGUCGAGGGCUUUUAUGGUCGACCAUGGACAAUGGAACAAAGAAAAGAGCUAUUCAGAAGACAGCAGAAAUGGGGAUUGAACACUUACCUGUAUGCACCCAAGGAUGACUACAAACACAGAAUGUUUUGGAGAGAGAUGUACUCAGUUGAGGAAGCAGAACAACUCAUGACUCUGAUAAGUGCUGCAAAAGAGCAUGGAAUUGAGUUCAUCUAUGCAAUCUCCCCUGGUCUGGAUAUAACAUUCUCAAAUCAGAAGGAGGUCUCUACACUGAAAAGGAAGUUGGACCAAGUCUCUCAUUUUGGGUGCAAGUCCUUUGCUUUACUUUUUGAUGACAUUGAUCACAACAUGUGUCCAGCUGACAAAGAAGUUUUCAGCUCAUUUGCACAUGCACAAGUGUCUAUCACCAAUGAGAUCUUCCAGUAUUUAGGAGAACCCGAAACCUUUUUGUUUUGCCCCACAGAGUACUGUGGAACCUUUUGUUAUCCAAAUGUGGCCCAGUCGCCUUAUCUGCGCACAAUUGGUGAAAAGCUGCUGCCUGGCAUUGAAAUUUUGUGGACAGGUCCAAAGGUAGUUUCUAAAGACAUAACGGUAGAGUCUAUUGAAGAGGUGACAAAGAUUCUGAGGAGAGCUCCAGUCAUCUGGGAUAAUAUUCAUGCCAAUGACUAUGAUCAGAAACGGUUGUUUUUGGGCCCAUAUAAAGGCAGAUCUACAGAACUCAUUCCUCGACUAAAAGGAGUCCUCACCAACCCCAACUGUGAAUUUGAGACCAACUUUGUAGCCAUUCACACAUUAGCCACAUGGUAUAAAUCAAAUAUGAAUGGGGUGAGAAAGGACGUUGUCAUGACGGAUAGCGAAGACAGUACAGUGUCCAUUCAGAUAAAGCUAGAGAACGAGGGCAGUGAUGAAGAGCUGGAGACGGACAUCCUGUACAGCCCACAGAUUGCCCUUAAGCUGGCCCUUUCUGAGUGGCUCAACGAGUUUGGCGUGCCUCAUCAAUACAACAGUCGUCAGGUGGCUCACAGUGGAGUUAACAGCUCCUCUGUUGAUGUUCCCUCAUUGACCGCCCCCUCUCUGGGCUCCUCCACUACAGUUACCACAGUGUUCCAGCAGCCCAUUAUGAGCCCUACUGCUCCUCUCAAUGAGGAGCCCCACACACUGCACAAAGAGGAGGAUGAGGAAGAUGUGGAGGUGGAGAAGAAAGACUCAGACGAGGAGCCCAUGGAGAUGGUGCUGGAGAAACAAGAUGAAGUGGAGGACGCCAAGAAUGUCAAUCAGAUUCUCACAAAGAUUGUUAAAGCCACAAUGGCAGAGGACCUCAAACCCAUGGACACAGAUAAAGAGAGCUUAACCGAGUCCAAGUCUCCAGAGAUGUCUGUUCAGGAAGACUCAGGCAGUGAUGUUGCACCCAUGCAGACAGAUGAGCAGCUUAAUAAAGAAGUGUUUGUACCAGGACCCGAUGAGAAACCUCUGUUUACGGCUGAGGCACUCACGCUGGAGGACCUGACUUUGCUGGCAGAACUUUUCUACCUUCCCUAUGAACAUGGUCCCAAGGCAGUGCAGAUGCUCAAAGAGUUCAACUGGCUUAGAGCAAACAGCAGCAUCGUCAGUGUAAAUUCCAAAUGCAAGGAACCGGAGAAGGUGACUGAAUGGCACUCCAGAGCUGAGAAUUUUGAGAAGAUGUGUUGCUCCGUCAUGCAGAUGUUCACCAGGCUCUCCAACUCUGCCAACAGGACCAUUCUGUAUGACCUGUAUCCCUAUAUCUGGGAUAUAAAGAGUAUCAUCUCAAUGAUCAAAUCAUUUGUUCAGUGGUUAGAUGGAAGAAUCCUCAGCACAAGUUUCUACUGCUAUUGGAUCGACAGUGGCCGAUGGUGUCGUAGUCAGUCCUCAGCACAGUUCUUAAGUGGAGACCAAGAGCCCUCGGCCUUUAGGGGCGGUCUAGCGGGAGAGUUCCAGCGACUGUUGCCAAUAGAUGGGGCAAAUGAUCUUUUCUACCAGCCACCACCUUCAAUGCCAACUUCCAAAAUCUAUUCCAUAAGGCCUUACUUUACUGAAGAUGAGGCUGCUGUCUACAAGAUCUGCAAGGAGAUAUACACAGAGGGAUGUGAUGAGAUUCCUUUCUCUGACCAAGAACCAGACCUGAUUGGAGACAGGUUAGUAGGAGGGUUUCUGACGCUCAGCCCAGACUAUGGCUUUGUCUUAGAGGAUGAGGAGGGAAUCUGUGGCUAUGCCCUGGGCACUGUGGAUGUCAAACCCUUUGUGAAGAAAUGCAAGAUGAGCUGGAUUCCAUUCAUGCAGGAAAAGUAUAACAAACCUGACUCAGGAAAGGACCUGUCUGAGGCAGAGAAAAUGAUGCUAAGCUUCCAUGAGGAAGAGGAGGGUUUGCCAGAAUCGUUCCUCAGGAAUUUCCCCUCCCUCAUAAAGGUGGACAUUCAUACAAAAGUCACUGACCCUAGUGUAGCCAAAAGCAUGAUGGGAUGUCUCCUCUCAUCACUGAAAGCCAGUGGCUCCCAUGGUGCCUUCUGUGAGGUCCGGCAAUUGGACAAACGGAUGUUGGACUUUUAUGGCAAACUUGGCUGCUUUGAAGUAGCCAAAAUGGAGGGCUUUCCAAAAGAUGUCAUCAUAAUGGGGAGGAGCUUGUGAAAGGGAGCAAUAUGGAAGACCUACCCUUGGAAGAACUUGUACAAAGCUACAGUGGUCUGCAUAGAGGGCCUAGAGCGUGUCUCACUACCUGUCCAAGUAACAAUCAAUGACACAUUUGUAAUUUUUGUUGCACCCAUCGAAGGCUGCUGUUGUAGCUUUAUUCUUCAAAGUGUGCUCUUCAGAAACUGCUGAAAGCACAUGCAUAAUUUAAGGUGCUUCUCAUAGUUACUGUGCUUUGCCAAUCAGAGGUGGCGUGUGAGAGAAUGUGAGUGCUUGUAUUGCCUUUUCAACAAGACCCUCCUCUGGUCUGCAAGACAGCUUGAGCUGGCCAGGUGCCAUUUAGCCCAUCACACCUCUCAAGUGCAGUUGGUCGGCAGUCUGCUUAUAUUCAGUCCGCUGCAGGUUCCAGUGAGGGCAUUUAGGCCCAACACGAUCAAUAGCCUAAAGAUACCAUUACAUAAUUAGAAAAAAUAAGUUUCCGCAUAUGUUUUGCCUCCCAUGCUUUGUUGCCACUUCAGCAGUAAUGUGGAAGGUGGCUGUUUUUUUUUUUAGUGGUCUCUUGACUUUUGCAGUUUUCCAGUCACAAACUGUUAAAGCAUUAGUGAACAAACUAGCUAAACAGAUAGAUAGGGUGUGUCUGUGUUUUUAAAGAAAGAAUUCAUUGUGUGGAUUGUUGGCUAAAAAAUCCAUACAGAGAACCUGGAGUUAGUAGAGAUAAAUUUGGAACCAAAAGUGGAGACCCUUGUCCAUAAAAACUGCAUGGAUAUUACUUUUGUGCAUAAGCUAGUAGCAUGUGUAUCUUGAUGAUACAUUUGUGUUUUGUACAGCGAUGCCUUUCGGUCUGUUGCCUUCCUCAGUGUAUUGCAGAGGUUUUGUCCUCUUAUCCCCCUCCCAGCCACACCCCCAGCCCCCCACCCAGCCCCCCCACCCCCGAGACGAUUUCUUCAGACCACAUUGCUGUGGUCUGAGGUCAUGCCUGUUAUAUGUUCUUGAGCCUAAACAAGAUUAGAUGACCAUUCAUAAAUAUAAGUAUUUGACUAAAGACGUUUUAAACAUGUUCAAAAGGUGAGGAGUUGUGAUAAACCACCAGUCACCAGAGUUUUGUGAGGACAGCUGACUGUGGUGGAAUUUCACAGUGACAUUCAGUGAAACUGAUUGGAGUGAGGUUUGAGUGAGUGCAGUAAAUCCUGCAUCUGUAGUUAUUUGAUUGACUAGAAGAAAUGUAUGUAUGGUUGUGUUUGAAACAUGCUAUUCUUUCUCAAACAUGACACAGUUCAUUCCAGUCCUGUGGUGCAACAUGUCCAUGCGAUACUGUUGCUUGGAAACCAAGGUGAGGUGGUGAAAGUCAGAGCCUAAGGUGUCAAGACAGUAAGGCAGUAUUUGACUAGAAAAUGCUCUCAGGCUUUGUUGAGAUGGGCGGUAAAUUUUGUUUCAUUUUUGAUGUUUUUCUCUAAGGUUUAAGUAGUUACGACUCAUCUUCAUUUUUAAAAUUUUGAUCUAAAUCAAAUCCAUACAUUUAGCAGUCUGCUUGUCUAAAUACAGUUACAAUAAGGUAAAGAAGGAAAACAAUCUGCCUACUUUCAAACCUUCGUCUUUCUUCAUAUUUUGGCGCUAUGUAGUAUUCGGGCACAAAAACACUCACUUACUUACAGCCUGCCUCCCAAAUAAGUUCCCCUUCUCAUAAAAGGCCUUUAGUCUCAAGUAACUGCUAUGAGAGAAAUGCAUAUAGUUCUGAGCAUUUGUUAGUUUUUUGUUUUUUUUUCUCAAGUCACUUUUACAAGUUCUCCUUCGAUCCUCCUGUGGGGAGCAUGACCUUGCAUGGCCAUUAUUUCACAUGGCUUUCAUUUCACCAUGCUCUGCUCUUUUGUUCUGGAAGUUGAAGUCAAAUUCAAAAGGAAAGGGCUUCAUUUUGUGAGGUUCUAAUUACAUUUAAGACAUUGAAUACAUUUCAGUACUUUGGGUUGUAAUUAUGAUUAUGUAUGUAAUGUAGUUAUACUUUCUGUAAGGUUUUUAUGUAAGAUGGUUAAUUAUAAUAAAGUAUGGUAAAUAUUU